CUCUGCUCAGGUGACUUUUGAGGUAUUUCAGGGCUUUUUAAAGAGUAAUCGCUCAGGGCUGAUGGCGAGGUUUCGGCUGGAUGCUCUCCGCGACCCUUCCUCGUCCUGCAAGGCCAGCCCCCCCACCUCCAUGAAGCUCCCCCCCUCACCGGCCCCCCCAGGCGGCGAGAGACCCCCCCCCAGCAGCACCCAGACUUGGGGGGCUGGCGGGCAGCCCCCCAACCCCACCAGCAUCCCCCGGAGCCUCCACCUGCACCGCCAGGAGCGAGAAGCCUUCUUCAGCCUGCUGGACGACGACGUGGUGCGGGAGUUCCUGUCGACGGAUGUCUGCUGCAGGAUUUCCGAUAAGUACCUGCUGGCGAUGGUGCUGACUUACUUCAAGCGUGCCGGCCUGCCCACCAGCGAGUACACCCGCAUCAACCUCUUCACUGCCCUGUACCUGGCGAACGACAUGGAGGAGGAUGAGGAGGAGCACAAGUACCAGAUCUUCCCCUGGGCGCUGGGCCGCCGCUGGCGCCGGCUCUUCCCCCGGUUCCUCCGCCGCCGCGACCGUCUCUGGGCCCGGAUGAGUUACCGGGCGGCCGUCAGCCGGCACUGCUGCGAGGAGGUGAUGGCGGCGGAGCCCUGGCACUGGGCCUGGCUGCGGGAGCGGCCCCCCCACCACAGCGGGGCCACCCGCCCCUCCGGCAGGGACCCCUGGCACCUCGGCCCCCCCGGCCCCCCACCUGCCUGCGCUGCGCCCGCCCCCCUGCCCGCACCCUGCCUGCCGCUGCCUGCGCCCGGGGGGAGGAGGAGGAGGAGGAAGAUGCCACUGUCACCGCCUGGGUGCAGGACGCCUUCAUCCUGCGGCCGCGCCGGCGGAGGCUCAGGAGGUGUGGGCGGAGGGACCCAUCCUGCCGGCUCAGGUAGGGACGGCGGCAGCCCCACGUGUGUCACAGGCGUGUCACGUGUGUCCUUGCCCUCUACAUGCAUGCCCCAGCCUGCCACACAUGUGUCCUGGGGGGUUUGA